AUGGCUGAGACAACCACUGCACCCCCCGAGACACACACGCUCUUGAACGAGUACAGGGACUACCACAACUGGUCCGAGCUGUUCCAACUCCUGAACUACACCUACACCUUCUGUGAGUUCAGCCUGGAUGAGAACGUCAAGCGAGUGAUCCUCUUCAUCCUUUACCUGGCGAUCUUUGUGGUAGGCUUGGUGGAGAACCUACUUGUCAUCUGGGUCAACUGGCAGACACGGGGCAACAGGAGCUUGGUCAACCUCUACAUCAUCAACAUGGCUGUUGCUGACCUUGGAGUGCUGCUCUCGCUGCCCAUCUGGAUGCUGGAGGUGAUGCUGGAUUACACCUGGCUCUGGGGCAGCUUCCUCUGCCGCUUCACACACUACUUCUACUUUGCCAACAUGUAUGCCAGCAUCUUCUUCCUCACCUGCCUGAGUGUGGAUCGCUACGUGUCCCUCACCAGCUCCUCCCUCUUCUGGCGCAAGCACCAGCACCGCACACGUCGCAUCAUCUGUGCCUGCAGCUGGGUCUUGGCAGCAGCCAUCUCGUUCCUGGAGGUUGCUCACAUUCAGCUGGUCAACACCGGAGAGCCCAUCUGCAUCUUUGUGGCCCCCUUCGAGACCUAUGACGAGUGGGCGCUGGCAGUCAGCUUGGCCACCACCACCAUUGGGUUCCUCAUCCCUUUCCCCAUCAUCACCGUUUUCAAUGUCCUGACAGCCAGGUUCAUCAAGCGCACCAAGCCGGAGAGCACGAAGCACUGUCAGCUCAUCUAUGCCUACAUCGUGGUGUUCCUCAUCAGCUGGCUGCCCUUCCACAUCAUGCUCACACUGCUCACCCUCGAUGGCAACCACAUCAUCCUCCACUGCACCUUUGCCCACUUCCUCUACUUCUUCUACGACAUCAUAGACUGCUUCACCCUGCUCCACUGCGUGAUUAACCCAAUCCUCUACAACUUCCUGAGCAAAAACUUCCGCAGCAAACUCAUCUCUGCUGUGGUUAAGUACAUCCCUAAAGACCAAGGCACCCAGAGGGGCGCAGACAAUUCCUCCUCCACCACGCAGCACUCCAUAGUCAUCACAAAGGACAAUAACCCUCCCAAUUAA